UUUCGUAACGUGGGCCAUGAAACCGGAUACUCGAGAGUCGCCGGAGUGUCCUUGCUUCUUCUAUCAGUUGUUCUGCUUCUCCUUUAGAAAUUAGGGUUUUGGAGGAAGACGAAUUCACUUCUUUUCACCGUGAAGCGAUGGCUUCUUUGUUCAAGGAGCAAGCGAAGCUCUCGGCUUAUCGAGAUAGAAGAUUUUCUGGAACACAAGAGGAGUUUGAUGAGGCGUUAAGGGCAUCUACAACGGUUUACAUUGGCAAUGUGUCUUUCUACACUACUGAAGAACAGCUUUACGAGCUUUUCUCUAGAGCAGGAGAAAUCAAAAAGAUCAUCAUGGGUUUGGAUAAGAACACUAAAACACCUUGUGGCUUUUGUUUCGUCUUGUUCUACUCGAGAGAGGAUACUGAAGAUGCAGUCAAGUAUAUAAGUGGGACUAUUCUGGAUGAUCGGCCUAUUCGUGUGGAUUUUGAUUGGGGGUUCCAAGAAGGAAGACAAUGGGGACGUGGUAGAAGCGGUGGCCAGGUUCGAGAUGAAUACCGUACAGAUUACGAUCCUGCUAGAGGUGGUUAUGGAAAAUUAGUUCAGAAGGAACUUGAAGCACAAAGGCAGCUCGUGGAUUACGGUACUGGCUCAUUGGGAGCCUAUCCUCAAGCUGCGCCAUCAAAUUAUGGAAAUGGAAGGCGUGGUGGUGGAAACUAUGGUCAAGGAGGACCAAAUCGCCAUGGAAGAGGAGGAGACUAUCAUCGGAAACGACAAAGAGACGACGAUCGCUAUGGCCGUGAUAACUCAAGAAGAAACACAGAUCAUGAGUCUAGGAGAGACACUGAUCAUGAUAUGAGACCGGAGAAGAACCCACGUUUCCGUGAGAGCGGUGACUCCGAUGAUGAUGGUGAAGAUGAUCGGAAGAGAAGAUCUUAAAACAAACUUAGCAGCUACCAAUGUUCUUGAAGGAUCAAUGUAAUCUUUAGACUGAUGAGUAUGAACUCAGUUUGGGUUUUCUAGAUUUUCAUUACAAACUUUCUUAAGUUGGUUUCAUUCAAAUAUCAAUGUCCUAAUGUAACUUUUGCUCCUUGAUCAACGGAAAUAGGAUAUGAAAUAUCAUUACUAGUCUUUUGGGCCGAAGUAGUCAAA